GCUGUGGCUGGAGCCCGGGGCGGGGCCGCGCAGCAGGACGGGCGGGAGCCGGAGGGGCACAGCUGGAGAGCCCCAGAGCCGCGGCGGGAGAGGAGCGCUCAGCCUCGGGGAGCCCAGGCCCAGCAGCCAUGGCGGUGGAAAGAGGAAUGAAAUGUGUCAAGUUCUUGCUCUACGUUUUUCUGCUGGCCUUUUGCGCCUGUGCAGUGGGAUUGAUCGCCGUAGGUGUAAGGUUCCAUCUUGUCCUGAAUCAGACCAUAACCCAGGGGGCUACCCCUGGCUCCCUGUUGUCUGUGGUCAUCAUUGCAGUGGGUGCCUUCCUCUUCCUGGUGGCUCUUGUGGGCUGCUGUGGGGCCUGCAAGGAGAACUACUGUCUUAUGAUCACGUUUGCCAUCUUCCUGUCUCUUAUCUUGCUGGUGGAGGUGGUUGUAGCCAUUGCUGGCUAUGUGUUUAGAGACAAGCUGCGGUCAGAGUUUAAUAAGGACUUCCGGCAGCAGAUGCAGAAUUACUCAAACAACCAAACGGCUUUAGUCCUAGACUGGAUGCAGGAACAUUUUAAUUGCUGUGGGGCUGCUAACUACACAGAUUGGGAGAACAUCCCUUCCAUGGCCAAGAACCAAGUCCCUGACUCCUGCUGCAUCAAUGUCACUGUGGGCUGUGGGACUAAUUUCAAUAAGGAGGCAAUCCAUAAGGAGGGCUGUGUGGAGAAGAUUGGGGAUGAACUGAGGAAAAAUGUGCUGGUGGUGGCUGCAGCAGCCCUGGGCAUUGCUUUUGUGGAGGUCCUGGGAAUUGUCUUUGCAUGCUGCCUCGUGAAGAGUAUCCGAAGUGGCUAUGAGGUGAUGUAGGGGGUCUGGUCUCUUCAGCCCCCUCAUCUGGGGGAGUGGAGUAGUAUCCUCCAGGUUUUUCAAUUAAACGGAUUAUUUUUUCAGACUGAAAA